CUUCGUCAUAAUCACAGAAACCAACUCUUCAUCAUUCCUUCGUUUAUCUUCUCGGAUUUCAAAACCUCCCCGGCGUUAAUGGAAUCUCACGGAAACUCAAGCGACAAGCAAUCUCAAUCUCUCUACCCGACUGUCGACAUGUCGAAUCCCGAAGCUCCUCUAAACCCUAGCUCCUCCUCCUCCUCUUCUACUACUAACCUCUAUCCUUCCCUCGACAUGGACGAUCUCGCUCGUGAUCUCUUCCCUGAGCAACCGGAGACGACUCCCGUCCCCGUUUCAGCUCCUCCCGCAGCGACGGAGGAGGUGAUUCUGAAAAUCUCCGGCGCGAUUCUCCACCUCAUCGACAAAUCGUACAGCGUCGAGCUCGCUUGCGGCGAUCUCACGAUAAUCCGUAUAGUUCAGGACGGAAACGUCGUCACCGUUCUCGCUCGUGUCGCCGACGAGAUUCAGUGGCCGUUGACCAAGGACGAGAACUCCGUCAAGGUCGAUGAGUCUCGCUACUUCUUCACCCUCCGACCAACCAAAGAUUUCGGACACGAUCCUAGCCACGAAGACGACGAGGGAGAAGAGAACGAGAUGUUGAACUACGGACUCACGAUUGCUUCCAAGGGCCAAGAGCAUUUGCUGGAGGAGCUCGAGAAGAUCUUGGAGGACUACAGCUGUUUCACGGUGCAGCAAGUGUCGGAAGAGGCGAAGGAAACGGGGGAAGAGGUGUUGGAUGUGACGGUGGCGAGGGAGACGUCUCCGGUGGAACUUACUGGGGAGAGGAAAGAGAUUGUGGAGAAGCAGUGCGCUGCGUAUUGGACGACUCUUGCUCCGAAUGUGGAGGAUUAUAGCGGGAAGACGGCGAAGCUGAUUGCAAGUGGUUCUGGGCAUCUGAUCAAAGGGAUUCUCUGGUGUGGAGAUGUGACUAUGGAUCGGCUCAAGUGGGGAAAUGAUUUCAUGAAACGGAGGUUGAGUAAGGCUGAGAAGGAGAGGGAUGUUCACCCUGACACCUUGAAAAGAAUCAAGAGAGUGAAGAAGAUGACCAAGAUGACAGAGAAUGUGGCAAAUGGUAUUCUCUCUGGAGUCAUUAAAGUUUCAGGCUUCUUCACAAGUUCAGUGGCAAACACCAAAGUAGGAAAGAAAUUCUUUAGCCUUCUUCCUGGGGAAAUCGUCCUUGCAACUCUUGACGGGUUCAAUAAGGUAUGCGACGCUUUUGAAGUAGCUGGAAGGAAUGUAAUGUCUACCUCGUCCACUGUUGCAACCGAACUUGUUGAUCACAGGCAUGGUGGUAAAGCGGCUGAGGCAACAAACGAAGGGCUAGAGGCAGUGGGACAUGCUUUUGGGACAGCAUGGGCUGCUUUCAAAAUCAGAAAGGCUAUUAAUCCCAAGAGCGUUCUCAAACCUUCCACGCUUGCGAAAUCCGCCAUUAAAUCUGCAGCUUCACAAAAGAAAACCUAGUGAAGGGUUCCUGAUGAAGCAAAAACAGACCAUUUGAUGAUGUUUGUGUUGUUUGUAUUGUCUAUUAUCUUUUGAUGUAGGAGUGAAACUGAAUAAUUGUUUGGAUUAGUUGUUGGUCUGAGUGUUUUGUGUGUUUCUCUGAGAAAUCAUAUGAUGUGAUGUAUUGAAAAAUCGAUAAGAGUUUACAAUAUCACAAUGUUAAUAGACA